AUUGCGCUCGUGGGAGGCGGGGCCCGUUCUGUGACUGCAGGCUGGAGCAAGGUGACCGGCGGCGCUGCGCGUUGGGUCUAGACGGGCGAGGAGGGAGCGCUGCGGAGGCUGAGCCUUCUACAAAUUCAUCAUGAUUCUCCAGCAGCUCUUCAGGUUUUCUUCCAUUUUCCGUUCAGCGCUCUCAAUCCACUUGCGUAGGAACAUUGGCUUUUCUGCUGUUGUGUUUAAUAAAGCAAAGGAACUUGAUCCUGUGCAAAAGCUCUUCUUGGACAAGAUCAGAGAAUAUAACACAAAGAGCCAAAAAGCUGGUGGCCUUGUCGAUGCGGGCCCGGAAUAUGAGAAAGACAUGAGCGAACAAAUUGCCAAGCUCCAACGGUUAUAUGGUGGUGGAGACCUGACCAAAUUUCCAGACUUCAAGUUUGAAGAACCCAAAUUUGAAGAGGAACAGAAGUGAUGUGAUAAUGGGUACACCAAGCAGUGGUGUCAAGUUGGACAUGUUGAUUAGACCUGCGGUUGUAACUUAAAUAAACAGUUCAGUGAUCAAA